UUUGAAACAUAAAUGGCAAACUGUCAGGUGAUCAGAUCCUGGACGACGUCUGACAGAAAGGACAGUCCCCGUGCACACACUCUGUGCAGCAGUUUGCUGUCUGUGGAGGAGCUUGUCAGUUACAGACCGUGUUAGGUUGAAUGUUUGAACUGGUUAUCAUGGCAGUCAGAAUAUGUGGCUACAUUGUUCUUGCACUCUUUGCUUCUAUUCAGUGCUUAGAUGAAAACCUGCGCUUUGCUUCCUACUAUGGUGAUCACAUGGUGCUGCAGAGGUCUCCAGAGCGUGCAGUGUUGUGGGGCUAUGGACCUGAGAGUGCACAGGUCACAGUAUCCUUGUCAGGUCCUGUAAAUCAGAAAAACUCCAUGGCUAAUGUGACAAAUGGUGUCUGGCUAGUCACCCUUGACCCUGUUGAAGCAGGUGGUCCCUACAAUGUGACAGCAGCUUUCCCCGGUGGCACAGCCACCCUGAUGGAUGUGCUGUUUGGAGAUGUUUGGCUGUGUGGAGGGCAGAGCAACAUGUGCUUUGAAACAUCUAAGAUUUUCAAUGCGUCGGAGGAGCUGGCCCUUGCAGCUAAAUAUCCUCAAGUGAGGUUUUUUAAGGUAGCCUUAAAAAGAAGCAAAACUGAGCUGACAGAUUUGAUUCAAGUGGGCCUACCCUGGUCUGUGCCAACUGCAAGUGGUUUGGCUCCAGUCUCUGCAGUGUGCUGGCUCUUUGGUCGUUACAUGUAUGAGGUGCUGAAGUACCCCAUAGGACUGGUACAAUCCUGUUGGGGUGGUACUGUGGUGGAAGCCUGGUCGUCUUCAAGAGCGCUAGAGCAAUGUGGACUGGAGUUGCCCAAUGACACUUCGAACGAGGUAAAUUCUGUCUUGUGGAAUUCAAUGAUACAUCCACUGGUCAACAUGACUCUUAAAGGUGCCAUCUGGUACCAAGGUGAGUCCAAUGCUAUCUACAAUCGGGACAACUACAGUUGUUCAUUCCCAGCUAUGAUUGAUGAUUGGAGAAUGACCUUCCACCAGGGUUCAGGAGAGCAGACUGCCAAAGAAUUCCCCUUUGGAUUUGUCCAGUUGUCGACCUACAAGAAAGCUUCUAUAGAUGACAGCUUUCCAAGAAUUCGAUGGCACCAGACUGCAGAUAUUGGUUUUGUCCCAAACCCUAAAAUGCAGAGAACCUUCAUGGCUGUGGCUAUGGACCUGCCCGAUGAAACAUCACCCUAUGACCCAAUCCAUCCCAGAGACAAGCAGGAUGUAGCCUACAGACUGACACUUGGGGCAAGAGCAGUUGCUUAUAAUGAGAAGAACGUAACUUUCCUUGGACCUUUUCCUCAUCAAAUGCUGUUGACUCAGACAUAUAUCAACAUUACCUACGACCAAACAAUCUCUGUAACACAAUCUCAGGACAUUUUCCAGAUCUGCUGCUCGGUGAGUCAAGCUGCAUGUGAACAACAGUCCUCCUGGGUUCCAGCUCCCAUCAUGCACUGGGGUCCCAUCACUGUCCAAGUAUCUGUCAGUUUAUGUCCACAUACUGACAAUGUCUCCGGUCUUCGAUAUGCAUGGAAAGACUGGCCCUGUGACUUUAAAGCCUGUCCAAUUUACAGCCGCAACGGGGCUUUACCUGCACCUCCUUUCCUUAUCAGUCGUUACUCUGGCAACGACAGGUAUUGGAAAUUAAGCCAAUAACAGGAAAGUUUUCAAACGUAAACUUAUACUGUGGCAUAGA